UUUUUUUAAGGAAAAGAAAAAAAAGAAAAAGACUAUCCAAACAAACCCUUAAAUCACAGUCUCUGAAAAAACACACUCUAUAAUUGAUCUCGCGCUGAGCUUGCUCUGCAAUCUCUCUUUCUCUCUGCAGAAACUCUGAUCACAUUAACCAACAAACACAAUCCCUAUUUUUCUACUAAACAGACACUCUCUCUUUAUAAUAAUUAUCACACAACAUACAAAUAAAUCAAUCAAAACAAAAACGGAGCCAUUGACGGUUUCUCUUUUUUCUUUUUCUUACUUUUUUAAUAGCAAUGUAGCUUCCGCGACAAAGAUAAUCGCACACUUGAACAAAUGGCCGCCAAAUGUACUCACCGGAAUAACAACAUCGGCUCCUUAAUUCUUAACGACCGCCACUCUCCCGCCUCCACCACCUCUAGACAUUUCCGUCUCUGGACAUCUUCAUUUCGCCGAAAAAUCUUUGACGCCGUCAGCUGCGGUGGCAGCUCCCGCUAUCGCCAUCAUGAGGACGACUUCGCAUCCACCACCACAGCAGCCACCGCCACUACCGCUACCGCUACCGCUACCACUACCGCUACCACCACUACAAAUGCUAUCGAGAAGACGAGAAGAAUGAAAAAUGGAAAAUCGGAGAAAUUAUCGGAUCUGUUGAGUGUAGCAGAAGCAGAGAGUGAAAUAGAGACGAGAAAAAAAGUAGAAGAGUUAGAAGAGUUAAAAUCAUUAGUUAAAGAAUUGCAGAUUGAGAAUGAUAGUAAGAGAAAAGAAGAAGCUGCUUCUCGUGUAAGAUUGCUGGCUAAAGAAGAUUCUGGUGUUAGAGUUACUCUCGCUUUGUUAGGUGCUAUUCCUCCUUUAGUCGCAAUGAUCGAUUUCGACAAUGCUGAUCUACAAAUUGCUUCUCUUUACGCCUUGCUCAACCUUGCCAUCGCCAAUGAUGCGAAUAAAGCUGCAAUUGUCAAAGCAGGGGCCGUUCACAAAAUGCUGAAGAUCAUAGAACUACCAUAUCCACCAAAACCAUCUGUAUCUGAAGCGAUAGUAGCUAAUUUUCUUGGCUUAAGCGCAUUGGACUCGAAUAAACCCAUUAUAGGUUCUUCAGGUGCAAUUCCAUUUUUGGUGAAUACCCUUAGAGAUUUGGACCAUAAAUGUAGCAUCCAAGCAAAACAGGAUGCUGUUAGAGCUCUGUACAAUCUUUCAAUAUUCUCUUCCAAUGUGUCAUUUAUUGUAGAAGCAAAUCUGAUCCCAUUUCUGAUGAAUACACUGGGGGACAUGGAAGUAAGUGAAAGAAUUCUUUCGAUUUUAAGCAAUUUAGUAUCUACACCAGAAGGUAGGAAGGCAAUUAGCACCAUGCGAGAUGCUUUUACAAUUUUGAUAGAUGUGUUGAACUGGACAGAUUCACCAGGAUGCCAAGAGAAAGCAUCUUACAUAUUAAUGGUGAUGGCACAUAAAGCCUAUGGGGACAGACAAGCCAUGAUUGAGGCUGGAAUUGUAUCGGCAUUGCUUGAGUUAACACUUUUGGGUAGCACAUUAGCACAGAAAAGGGCUUCGAGGAUCCUAGAAUGUCUGAGAGUAGAUAAGGGGAAGCAAAUUUCGGAUCAUUAUGGUGGAAAUUUGGGUGCAGCGGUGUCUGCUCCUAUUUAUGGGUCUUCAUCAUCUUCAGCAAACCCAAAUGGAGUUUCAAAAGAGUUUUUGGAGGAAGCAGAAGAUACGAUGAGCGAGGAAAAGAAAGCAGUGAAGCAAUUAGUACAACAGAGUUUGCAGACCAAUAUGAUGAGAAUUGUCAAGAGGGCAAAUUUGCCACAAGAUUUCGUUCCAUCGGAGCAUUUUAAGUCCCUCACAGCAAGUUCAACCUCCAAGAGUUUACCAUUUUGAGGUGAUUGUUGCAGCAAGAUACUGGUGGAAAUUGAAGAGCAGCAGUUGCAGUUAGUCUAUUGUUAGCAUAUGGAAUAGCCAUAAUGUGUCAAAUUUUGUAUAAUUUCAGAAUCUUAGUAAAUAUUUUAAUUUUCUUCCGGAAUUGUACUUGAAUGUGUUACAUGAUUUGGUGAUA